AUGCAGAUCGACUCCCCCGCCCCAGAGGACAAAAUCGACGAAGGCCUCUACUCCCGCCAGCUCUAUGUGCUCGGAAAGGAGGCCAUGCUGAAGAUGGCGUCGUCGAACGUGUUGAUAAUAGGCCUCAAGGGGCUCGGGUUGGAGAUAGCGAAGAACGUCGCGUUGGCAGGCGUCAAGUCCUUGUCUCUCUACGACCCGGAACCGGUGGUGUUGCAGGACCUCUCUUCGCAGUUCUUUCUAGCCGAGUCCGACAUUGGCACCCAGAGAGCAAACGCCACGCUACCAAAGUUGGCCGAGCUGAACCAGUACGUCCCUAUCAACGUCGUCGACGCGCUUACGCCGGAGGUCAUCAAGACCUUCAGCGUUGUUGUCGCCACAAACCUGCCUCUGUCGAGGCAGCUGGAGUUGAACGAGUUGACCCACGCAAAUAACAUCCGCUUCAUCUCUGCCGAUGUGAGGGGCUUGUUUGCACAGGCCUUUGUCGACUUCGGCGACUCCUUCGCCAUCUUCGACCAGACGGGCGAGGAGCCAAAGACCGGCAUUGUCUCCGACAUCGAGAAGGACGGGACGGUCACAAUGCUCGACGACAACAGACACGGUCUUGAGGAUGGAAAUUUUGUAAAGUUCUCCGAAGUCAAGGGCAUCGAGAAGCUGAACGACGGCUCCAUCUACAAGAUCAAGGUGUUGGGUCCGUUCGCAUUCCAAUUGGUCGACUUUGACCCGGCAUGGGGCACCUACCAGAAAGGCGGCCUCUACACCGAAGUUAAGACCCCGAUCAAGGUCAGCUACCAGGACUUGGCAACCCAAUUAAGAACUCCAGACUACUUCAUGUCCGACUUCGCCAAGUUUGACAGACCGCCUCAGCUCCAUCUAGGUUUCCAGGCGUUGCAUGAAUUUCAGAUCGAAAACAACGGCCAAUUGCCUGGCCCUCACAAUGAAGAAGACGCCACCACAAUCGUCAACUUGACCAAGAAGUUGGCAGCCAAAUACCCCGACAUACUAGCAGGAGCAGACGUUGACGAAGACCUCAUCCGCGAACUUUCCUACGGUGCAAGAGGUGACUUGCCUGCAAUGGUUGCCUUCUACGGUGGUUUCUUGGCACAGGAAGUCUUGAAGGCUUGUUCUGGCAAGUUUGUACCUAUCAAGCAAUGGCUCUAUUUCGACUCCCUAGAAUCAUUGCCAGAAUCAGAUGAAUACAAGAGAAGUGAGGAGGCAUGCAAGCCAAUCAACUCGAGAUACGAUAAUCAAAUCGCAGUCUUUGGACUAAACUUCCAAAGAAAAUUGGCAAACUUGAAAAUCUUCCUUGUCGGUUCAGGUGCCAUCGGUUGUGAAAUGCUGAAAAAUUGGGCAAUGAUGGGUAUAGCCACAGGUCCAGACGGUAAAAUCUUCAUUACUGAUAACGACACAAUUGAAAAAUCAAACUUAAACAGACAAUUUCUUUUCAGGGCUAAAGAUGUCGGCAGGAACAAGUCCGAAGUAUCUUCUAAUGCAGUUUGUGCGAUGAAUCCAGAUUUGAAAGGUAAAAUUGAGGCAAGCAUUGACAAAGUCGGUGAAGAUACCGAACACAUUUUUAACAAUGAUUUCUGGGAAAACUUAGAUUUCGUGACAAAUGCUUUGGACAACGUCGAAGCUAGAACAUAUGUCGACAGACGAUGCGUUUUUUUCAGAAAACCUUUACUAGAAUCGGGGACUUUGGGCACGAAGGGUAACACACAGGUUGUGAUUCCAAACCUAACAGAAUCUUAUUCUUCCUCUAGAGACCCUCCCGAGAAAUCUAUUCCUUUAUGUACACUAAGAUCUUUCCCUAACAAGAUUGACCACACCAUUGCAUGGGCCAAAUCUCUAUUCCAAGGCUUUUUCCAUGAUGCUCCUGAGAACGUGAACUUGUACCUAUCGCAACCAAAUUUUGUCGAAACGGUCUUAAAGCAAAGUGGUGAUGUGAAGGGUAUCCUUGAAACAAUUAACCAAUACUUAACAACUGAUAAACCUUACACGUUUGAGGAUUGUAUCAAGUGGGCAAGAUUACAGUUUGAAGAUAAAUUUUCCAACGAUAUCAAGCAAUUGUUAUACAACUUCCCCAAGGACGCAGUCACAUCAAAGGGUGAACCUUUCUGGACUAGUCCUAAAAGAGCUCCAGAACCAUUGGUCUUUGAUAUCAAUGAUCCUAACCAUUUUGACUUCGUGACUGGUGGCGCAAAUUUAUUAGCGUAUGUUUAUGGAUUGAAGGGUGAUAAUGGUGAACCUGACAAGAAAUACUAUACAAGUGUGUUAUCGAAAAUAGAUAUACCCGAAUGGAAUCCGAAAUCGGAUGUUAAGAUUCAGGUCAAUGAUAAUGAUCCAGAUCCAAAUGCAGGUCUGGUUACCGAUAACUCUGUUAUUGAAAAGUUAUCUUCGAGCUUGCCAUCACCUUCUUCAUUGGCAGGGUACAGAUUAUCAACUGUUGAAUUUGAAAAAGAUGACGACACCAAUCAUCAUAUCGAAUUUAUCAAUGCUGCUUCAAAUUGUAGAGCAGAAAACUACUUUAUUGAGGUUGCAGAUAAGUCUAAAACAAAGUUCAUCGCUGGUAGAAUUAUUCCUGCUAUUGCAACUACCACUGCCUUAGUAACUGGUUUGGUUUGCCUUGAACUUUAUAAGGUCACAGAUGGAAAAACUAAUAUCGAAAAGUACAAAAAUGGUUUUGUGAACCUUGCAUUGCCAUUUUUUGCCUUUUCCGAACCUGUUGCCAGUGCAAAGGGGAAGUACGGCGACAAAGAGUAUGACAAGAUCUGGGAUAGAUUUGAUUUGUACGGAGACCUAACUUUGCAAGAGAUUAUUGACUACUUCAAGAAAAAUGAAGGUUUAGAGCUAUCCAUGAUGUCCUACGGCGUCUCGUUGCUUUUCGCAUCUUUUUAUGUAAAGAAGAUGGAGCCAAGAUACAAGAUGAAGAUUAGUGAAAUCAUUGAGUUGGUUACCAAGAAACCACUUACUGAGAAUGAUAAGUCAUUGAUUUUGGAAGUUUGUCUUGAAGAUGAAAAUGGCGAGGAGCCUGAUGUGCCAUAUGCCGUUCUUCACUUAUAA